UAUAAGAACCAACUUUACACCUGUGGAAUCAAUUGGUAGCUACAUACUGACUGCUCUGAACUUGGACAUUACAGAUGUAUUGACGGGACCCAGUUUGGGGCAAAAGUCUCUAAGUUCCUCCUGAUAUCUUUGUGCUGUUUAUUUUAUCCAGACGCUUUGGUCUAUAGACUCUGCCUGUAUGCAUGUGGAAGCCGGACAGCCCAGCCUGAUUUGCUAUCAAACUAACAGAGUGGAACCAGCAAUGGAACCAGAGUCCCACCAAGCCAAGCCUGGGAGAUCAGGAGAUUCAGUGAAACGGGCAGAAUUUUACUCUGAUUUAGAAAGUGAAGAUGUCAACUGCUGUGGGUUUGUUUUGGCCUUCCUUUCGGUUCUCCUGGUUCUCGUCACCUUUCCUCUUUCAAUCUGGUUUUGCCUAAAGCUGGUUCGGGAAUAUGAACGGGCUGUCAUUUUUCGACUGGGCCGAGUCAGAACUGGAGCAAAAGGACCAGGGGUUUUCUGGGUUUUGCCUUGCGCCGAUGCCAUCAGGAUAGUAGAUCUGCGAACUGUGUCAUUUGCUGUGCCUCCUCAAGAGGUUUUAACCAAAGACUCUGUAACCAUCAUGGUGGAUGCUGUUGUAUUCUAUCGCGUUUUUAAUCCGACCAUUGCCGUAGUGAAGGUGGAUAACGCCAGCCAAGCCACCCAGAUGCUGGCACAGACUACACUCCGGAAUAUGCUGGGAACUAAAAGCCUCACGGAAAUCCUCAUAGACCGGGAAGAGAUGGCUGAUCAAAUGAGUAGAAUCUUGUAUGAAGCUACUAAAGACUGGGGGAUCAAAGUGGAGCGUGUGGAGAUAAAGGAUGUAAAGUUACCUCAAUCCCUACAGAGAGCCAUGGCCGCUGAAGCAGAAGCUUCCCGUGAAGCCAGAGCCAAGGUCAUUGCAGCAGACGGAGAGAUGAACGCCUCUCGUUCGUUGAAGGAAGCAGCUCAAAUCAUGUCCGAAUCACCGGCAGCUCUUCAGCUCCGCUAUUUGCAGACCCUCUCACACAUCUCAGCAGAGAAGAACUCAACUAUCAUAUUCCCAUUACCUAUGGAUGUCCUAUCCCUGUUAAUUUCAAAGUAGCAAUAAAAAGAGCAGUGCUGUAAUAUGAGCAAUAAAUGAACAAAAUUCAAUGUAUUUACCGCUCUGGAUAUUGGUCAUUGCAGCAAAUAUGUUUUCUGGGGCAGGAAAGUAAAGAAUAUGUUUUGGAAUUUUGGUAUGUACCUUAAAGAGGCUUGUUCACCUUUCAUUUAACUUUUAGUAGGAUGUAGAGAGUGAUA